ACUAGCAACCAAUUACUUUGUUGGUUUGUGCACUACGCUGCGGUAGGCAUACAGUGUGCAAUAGUGCAGAUUGUGUUCAAGUCUGUAGGUUAUGAGCGAUAGGGAGGAACAGCGACCGGACGACCGGAUUUUGCGAUCGGCAAGGCGCCCAGUAGCCCAUUUGGCAUUAGGGCCAGAGGGCGAGAAACAUCUGUUCCGCCAGCUUAGGGAAAGGCAGCAACAGCAGAGGAGGGCUAGAGCAGCGGAGGCUAGCAGGACACUCGUGAGUGAGGCCGCAGUUUCGGAAGCCAUGUCUACCUCAGCAAUGCAAACUUCUCAAGCCGGUAGUUCAGGGUUUGUCGGGUCAACGGUCGUGCAGACCCAGGUGCAGUCCAUUGGCGUAAUGGCGAGCCAACCAUUGCUGUUGACUCCUGAGGAGAUCGCCAUACAGGAGGCAGUCCUCCAGGAGGCACAGCUACAGAAUGCUUUAGGAAAGAUAAAAGCGGAGAAAAAAAAGAUGAUCAGAAGAAGAUCCAGGAUGCAACGUAGACAAGCGGACGUUAGUGAGUUAGAGGAAAUGGAUCUGACGAAUGUGCCUGAAGAUCCGCAGGGCACACAGCCUCAGCAGCUAGCGCAGCAGCCUGUAUCACCGGGUCCACAGCCCAGAGUGGUGCAGGGACCGGGACAACAACAGUGGGUUCCAAAGACGGCCAUCGCCGCGCUGAAACCCUUCACAGGGGACAAGAGAGGCGAAGACCUCGAUACAUGGUUGAGGUCAGUGCCAGUCUAUGUCAGGUGUAAACUUACCUUGCCGCAUGAAGAAGUGCUUGUGGCUGCAUCUUACCUAGAGGGUAGUGCAUCAAGAUGGUUGAGCGGUUUAGUGCAGCUCCAGGGAUAUGGUCAUGACUUCCGCGCUUGGGCAGCCACCCAGAAACUGGAUGACUUCCUGAAGAUGGUGGAGGAGAGGUGGCACAAUUAUCAGGAGGCUCAAAGGGCCACUGAUGCGAUCCUGACACUGCACACGAGGCAGUUUAAGUCAGUAAGGGAAGCCACCGAUGCUGUUGAGCGUCUGAUCUGUGUCCCAGGGGUGCGCUAUGACCCCCAGGUCCUGUUGACUUCGUACUUGAGAUGCUUUUCUCAGCCUCUCAGGAACCAGUUGGCAAAAGAGGCCAAUAUCAAUAUGCACAACUUUCCUUCGUUCAGCAAGGUGGCCCUAGACCUUGAAGCGAAGAUAGGGCAUGGACAGGCACCCACCACGGAUGGGAGGAAAAAGACACUGCCUCCUAACUGGAAGGCGAAGGGUCGCUUAAUGUUUGUCGAUAAUGAUGGUUCCACUAUCGAAGUCGACGAGCACUUUCAGGAGGGAGUAGGUUCAGAUUCGAGCAACGUAGAAACUUCAGAGGGUGGAGUGGUCGCUGCCGUAGCUCAAAAAGGAAAGGCGACCGAUAGACGCCGUGGAGGUUCCCGGUCUAGGAGUCAAGUUGACACCAAUGCUCCUCCAUGGGAGAAAGCGGGUCUUACAGAGGACGUGGGGAGAGAUCGUUACUCACGGCAGACCUGUAUUCGUUGUGGUCAAUAUGGCCACAGCCAAUUCAAGUGCCGCAAUAAAAAAGUGGCAGAAAAGAUCCCGCCUACGAUGGGGCAGGUGUUGGGAUCCUCUCAUCCCGUUGGUAGCAACGUUGCCAGUACUUCAAGCAGUGCUCCGGGAAACAUGUCGGGCCAGUGCGGUCUGUACGAGUUUGUGGUAAUGCCUUUCGACCUUUGCAAUGCUCCUGGCACCUUUCAGCACGCUAUGAAUCGGAUAUUCCAUGACUACUUGGAUAAGUUUGUCAUUGUGUACCUCGAUGACAUACUUAUUUUUAGUAAGACUGUCGAGGAGCAUGUUGCACAUCUGGACAAGGUCCUCAGUCUCCUGCGACAACACGAGUUCAAGAUCAACGGUGAGAAGUGCGAGUUUGGCCGCACCCGUGUCUUGUACUUGGGUCAUGAGAUCUCCACGGAAGGGUUGAAGCCCGAUGAUGCAAAGGUGGCCAGCAUUCGUGAUUGGCCACGUCCUCAAUUUGUGACUGAGAUGAGAUCUUUCUUAGGAAUGACAGGCUACUAUAGGACUUUUGUUAAGAACUAUAGCAUAGUGGCCACUCCUUUGACUAAUCUGACCCGCCUUGACACCCCGUGGGAGUGGACAGAUGAGUGCGAGGCUGCUUUCAGACAUCUGAAGCAUGCGUUGACGCACUACGAGGUCUUGAAACUUCCUGAUCCUGACAAGCCGUUCAUAGUCACCACGGAUGCCAGCCAAUAUGGCAUUGGCGCCGUGCUUGCGCAGCAAGAGGGGCCAAAGUUGAGGCCUGUAGAGUACAUUUCCAAGAAAAUGCCGUCUCAGAAGUUGGCUCAGUCCACUUAUGAGAAGGAACUCUAUGCGGUUUACAAGGCUCUGACCCAUUGGAGACACUAUCUCCUUGGGAGAUUCUUCAUUCUCGGGACUGAUCAUCAGACCUUGAGAUGGAUGAGAACUCAGCCUGUACUUUCUGACGCCCUCAAGCGUUGGAUCGAAGUCAUUGAACAGUAUGCCUUUGACCCUCAGUAUCUAAAAGGGGAUUACAACAAGGUUGCGGAUGCCUUGUCGCGUAGACCUGAUUUCUCAGGUGCGCUGAUUACUGAGUUUAAUCUGACGGACCAUGUUACUCAGUCUUUGGUGGAAGCCUAUCGCGAGGACCAGUUUAUGUCCGAGAUCAUACGCAGACUCCAGGCAAAGGAGAAGAAGACCUCUGCCGAGUUUGAGUUGGUCAAUGGCUUGCUGUUCGUUGAGAAGGACGGGAAUAAACGAUUGUGUGUCCCAAGUAGCGAGUCUUUGCGUAGUUUGUUUUUAGGUGAGUGCCAUGAUGCCACCGGCCAUUUUGGGUACAAGAAGACCGCAGCCAAUCUGCUGCAGCGGUUCUGGUGGCCCACGAUGAUGCGAGACGCCCAGCUGUACGUGGAGACUUGUCAG